CAUCACGGCUCUCCCCCAGCUCUCACCUGUCUGCUGUCCUGUGUCCGGGUUUCGGUUUCGUGCGAUCUUGUGUCAAGGGUUCAACGGGUCCUCCAUCUGUAUUAUAACAGAAUCGCAUCAUGUCUGCAAAAGUUUACGUUGGCAACUUGAGCUGGAAUACCACCGAUGAUUCGCUCCGUCAAGCCUUCUCCGCGUUUGGAAACAUCCUUGAUUCCAUCGUGAUGCGCGACCGCGACACCGGUCGCUCGCGCGGCUUCGGCUUCGUCACCUACUCCUCCAACAUUGAGGCCCAGUCUGCUAUCAGCAACCUCAACGAGCAGGAGCUCGAUGGCAGGCGCAUCAAGGUCAACCUUGCUAACGCCCGCGGCAGCGGCGGCGGCGGCGGAGGCUUCGGUGGUGGUGGCCAGGGUGGAGGUUAUGAAGGCGGCGGUGGCUACCAAGGCGGAGGCGGCGGCUACCAAGGAGGCUAUGGUGGCCAGGGUGGCGCGAGCAGCGGCGGCUAUGGCUACCAAGGCCAGGCUGCUGGUGGCGGCGGAGGCGGCUACGGCGGCGGAGGCUACGGCGGCUCGUACUAAACGCAUCGUGUCUAGUGCUGCCCAGCUCGGUCCGCGCAUGUCUCUCGCGUCUUGUAUCUUUCGUCGGUGACCCUCUGCUUCUCGCGCGGCGUGUAUCAUUUGUACUGUUCUUGCCCGACCCACUCAUCCACCGCAUCUCCCGUCCCUCUCACAUUGUGUGGUAGCAGUCGUCGUUUUCGUCCUGGCUCGUCUCGUCCCUGAUUCGCGGUCUCGGUCCUCACAAUCCGGCUGUACUUGUACGAUUCUCCUCCCCCCACGGGCGUUCUCUCAGUAUACGUAUCGCUACCAUCCCUCGUCGUCAAUGUCCCCCGUCCCGUCCCGAACGCUAUGAUUCCCUCGUGAAGUGGGUGGGUGUGUCAUCUUUACUGCUUUACUCGUGUAUCACAAGUCGCCAAACACGUCUUCUGCGUCACUA